CUAUAUGAAAACAUUUUUUAUAUAGUCUGUAAUCAUCUCUUAACUUUGAAUUUCUAUGUAAAAAUUAUGAAUUAAUCUAUUUAUCAAUUGUUAAAGGAUGGAUGUUGAUUCAUCAAGUGAUGAAGAAAUUGUAGAAGAAAACUAUAUUCAUGUUACUGUAGACAAUCCUGAUGAAUUUAAUGCUUUGAAUGUGUACAGUAAUGCACGCAUUAUUGGAAUAGAUACAGAGUCUCCCAUAUUGCAAGUACAUAAUAAGAUAUAUCAUUGUAACGAAUGGAAGUAUAUAGAUGGGACAGCUAUAUUUUUUGAACAACUUGAAGAGAAAGAACCUAUUGAUCCUUUAUAUGAUAAUAGAAGCGACAUGAAAUUACUAUUUAUAGGAUCAACUCGUAAAUGUUUGGAAUUGACUAAGAAAGAUGUAGCAUUUUCUCAUUCUCCAUAAAAUAAGCAAGAAGAACAGUAUUUUUAUUAUUAAAAAAUGUAGAAUAUUGUCUUGUUUUCCAACAGUCAAAAUACUAAGAAAUAAAGAAGCGUGUACAGUAUGUAAAUAAAAAAAUAAACAAUUUGAAACCAUG